UCAUUAUUCUUACAAUAUUUGGGUUUUCAAAAUAAUCUUAAACUCAAAGAUUAAACAAUAAUCUUUGCUAAAACUUGACUGUACUCCAGACUCUUGACCCGCUCCUUUCUCGAUUCAAACAAAUUAUAAUCUUUAAUGAUUUGCUGAUUUAAUGAUCUGACAAUGUAAAUUUUUCUUUAACAAUAAGUAAUACAAGGUAUUCAACUCCUACGUCUAUUUCAGUCGAGAUACAAAAUUAUCGAUUUUUGGUUUCUUUGGUAACUCUUUGGGUGUGUUAGACUUUUAAUCAUUUUUUGUUGCCCAUGCAAACCAUCAAAGAGUAAGACAGUUUACUCUUUGCUUGCCCACCCUUUCAUUAAGCUUACAUAUCCACUCUCACUUUGUCAAUAUGAAAUUAACAUUGACAAUUGGUGUAAUCACCGUUACCUUAAUAGUUAACCCGCAAUAACAUCAUAAUCAUCAUCAUCAUAAUCUUUACCACUUUUGUUAACAUCAUCUUCUUCUUCUUCCUAUUAUUAUUGUCUUCUUAUGGUCCGAGUGAAAAGCAAUCCUCACACUCAAUUCAUCAAACUCAUGUAUUGAUUUAAUUUGUUGGUUCAUUAAUUAUUUUUACCUUGUUAAUUUAUUAUUAGUCUAUGUAACUGUCUUAUUUAUCUUAACCCAUCUCUACUGGUAUCUCGUAAUGACUAUCAACUCUACAAGCUCUCAAUUAAUUGGCCCUAAUAAUGUGAGAAAACAAAACAACAAAGUCAAUCACUCUGACAAUCUAUCAAUUUCACCAAAUCAACCAUCAACACCUAUAGUAUUAACGGUAGCUAUGUCAAGUUCAACAACAGUAUCACCUUCAAUUUUCAGUGUCCGUCACAAUCAAAGUCGUUUAUUUACCCUUAACAAUGGGUCAAGCAACUUUUUUGGAAUCAAUGACAGAGAUAUUCCCAUACUUAUUGGAGCUGCUGCAGGAGCCAUUGGGUUAAUCAUAAUUAUAUUAGCAGCCAUAUUAGCGUGGUAUUGCUGUCAAUAUGGAAUCCGUCGUCAAAAAAGCUCUUACCGUUUAGAUGAAGAGAAUGAAAAAUGGGCUUCUUGUUCCAACUUUGGAUCUGGAGUUUUCGCCGACAAUGAUUCUGUUAUUUUCACAGGAAUAGAGAACAUACCAAAUCAGUGCGUUAAAGGACAUAACAUAAGGAGAUCAUUAUCCACUCAAAUCCAUUUGGUCAAUCCUAACCGUGAUAAACAAUUUGAUUCGAUAGCUGCUUUGGAUACAAUUAACCCAUCAUCCGAACAAGGAUAUUUAAGCAAUGCUGAGGCAACUAAUCAACUAAGACAAUCUGAAUCUGCUAAUGUCAAUGUUUGCGAUACUAAUAACAGGUGUAACAACCAGAUUAAUGAUAAUCAAGUCAAUAAUUCUAGCAACAGCAAUAAUGUAAAUUAUAAUGUUGAAGAUGAAGAUGAAUAUAAUCUUGAUGAUAAGUAUAGAUAUAACAGUAAAAGUCAAUUGUAUAGUGAGGUAGUCAACGCUUACAGUGAUAUAACCAUCGAUGGUACUAAUUUGAGAACUCGUAGUCUUCCUUGGAAAAAAAAUUCAACCGAAGCUGAUGAAUCAAACAAGCUUGCAAACAAUCAGACUAAGCUCAAUUUCACCAAAAAGCGAGCCAACCGAAUGAGAAAUGACAGCGCUGCUGCCAUUGCCCUGAACCGGAGCGGGGCAACACCUACCCAUUCACCUUAUCUCACUAAGGAAACUGAUUGUUUAGUUGAUAAUGAUUCAUUGAUUGCUAAUGAAGCUGUUGUGGUCUAUGACGAACGAACUGUCCUUUGAACUGGAGGUGAUAUUAUUAACCAAAUUAUUCCAACUGUGUUACUUAAGAUUUAACUCAAAGCAUUUCCUAUCUCAAAAAAUAUGAUGUAAAUGUUAAAACGUUUUGUCGUUGAAUGUAGACUAAAUUUUUAUUUGAGUAAAUCAAUUUUUUUCCUAGUAUUUGAAACAAUUAACAAGACUGAUGAGAGGAAAGACUCAUAUUUUUAAGCAAUGUACAAUUGUAAACUAAUAAGAUUAAAUUAUUAUUAUUAUUCAA